AUGGCGGCUUCAUCCAGUACUGCCUCCAUUAUUUUCGUGUCAUUCGUGCUUUUGGUGUUUGCGACAUUCGAGAGCGCUUCAAGUGCUGCUACUUUCACAAAUGCCACUUGCAUCGAGAGGGAGAGGGAAGCUCUUCUCGAAUUUAAGCGAGGCCUCGUCGACAACUCCAGUCUCCUGUCAUCAUGGGUUGGAGAUGACUGCUGUUCGUGGAAGGGAGUCAGAUGCAGUGAACGGACGGGCCACAUCCUGAAGCUCGACCUUCGAAGUCCAUGUGUUGUGUCCACCUACGAUAUUUAUGAACUGCUCGACCCAGAUUUGGAGCACGGGAACUGCACUUUGACCGGUCACAUACAUCCUUCUCUAAUCGAGCUGCAGCAUUUGAAUUACCUCGACCUGAGCUGGAACAACUUUGCACACACAAAAAUUCCAGAGUUCCUAGGCUCACUCUCUAAUUUGGUGUAUCUUAACCUCUCCAAUGCAUGCUUCGCUUGGGACAUUCCCCUUCACCUCGGGAACCUCUCCAAUCUGCAGUAUCUUGAUCUCAAUCUCAAUACUCAUGACGUUGGUCUGUUAUGGGUAGAGAGCCUUGAAUGGUUAUCAGGUCUUCCUUCCUUGAAACACCUCGACUUGUCUCGCGUCUCCGUUAGGAAUGCCCAAGCCUUGCAAGUGAAUUUCAGUACUUCGCUGGAGUUUCUUGAUCUGAGUCGUAAUAAUUUAGGCUCCGUCAUUCCUAAUUGGUUGCUCAAUUUAAGCUCCAUCACACACCUCGAUCUCUCCUAUAGUUUUGCUGAAGGAGCCGUCUCCUUUCCCACUGAGAUCAUCAAUAAUAACAAACAGCUCGCCUUCCUUAGUCUCGGAGUUAAUUCCAUGAGAGGUGAGCUGCCGAAGAAUCUCAGCAAUCUCUGCCACCUGUUUGCGUUGCUAUUGGAAGGUAACGACUUCACUGGAGAUAUUUCUGCUGCAUUAGGCAAUCCUUUCAGCUGCCUCCAGAAUACGUUGAGAUAUUUAGAUCUCGCGGAGAAUAAAAUCAGUCGUUUGGGGGAUGAAAUUGGGCACUUCAAGAAUCUAAAGUUUAUUGACGUCGGGAACAACAAAUUGACGGGUGGCAUCCCAGAAAGCAUCGGGCAGCUGUCGAAUCUAGAGUAUAUUAACCUUUCGGAAAACUCAAUUGAGGGUCCAAUUCCAUUGUCUCUGCCUCAGCUAUCCUCUUUGAAGCAAUUGAUUAUCGAGGAAAACAAAUUGAUGGGUGGCAUCCCAGAAAGCAUCGGGCAGCUGUCAAACCUAGAUUAUAUUGACCUUUCGGGAAACUCAAUCGAGGGUCCAAUUCCAGAGUCUUUGCUUCAGCUAUCCUCUUUGCGGCUCUUGAGUCUCGGGAGCAACAAAUUGACAGGUAGAAUCCCAGAAAGCAUCGGGCAGCUGUCGAAUCUAGUUGACUUAGACUUGUCCAACAAUCUCUUGAAAGGAGUGGUGGCCGAACUUCACUUGGCGAAUCUCACGAGCUUGAUUAAUUUGGACAUUUCGUCAAAUGAGUUGGCCGUCAAGAUUAACCCAAAAAUGAUUGCUCCAUUUCAACUUAAUUCCAUUGACAUGUCAAACUGCAAAGUUGGGCCUCAAUUUCCCACAUGGCUUCGAGCACAGAGGAACAUCUUUGAACUGGGUUUGUCCAAUGCAAGCAUAUCAGGUAUCAUCCCUGAUUGGUUUUACAACAUCUCUUUUAACAUCGUGAGCCUGAUUCUGUCUAGCAAUGAGUUGAGUGGAGAAAUUUCUUUGUGCAAUAUGAAGUCCUUAGAACAGCUUGACCUCUCAAAUAACAAACUGUCUGGGAGUGUCCCGGAGUGUUGGAAAAGGUUACGUCAACUGCGAGCAAUAAACUUGGGGAACACCCAGUUCAGUGGCCUGGUUCCAACAUUCUUAUGCUCUAUGAAAUAUGUAUCCUUUCUGGGGCUACACGGCAAUGCCUUCAGUGGGAGUAUCCCCAAAUGCUUAAGCACUAUGACUUAUCUUAAUGUGCUUGAUCUGAGUCGAAAUAAAUUGGCUGGUCGAAUCCCCUCCUGGAUUGGUCGCAUGGUUGAGCUCAAGGUGUUGAAUCUUCAGUUUAAUUCCUUCUAUGGGGAGAUUCCCAUGAGCAUAUGCAAACUCGGAUACCUUCAAGUUUUAAACCUUGCGCACAACAACCUCUCUGGAAGCAUCCCCCUUUGCUUUGACAACUUAACCACCAUGUCCGACCCAAAGUACCAGGGUGGGACAAACAACUUUUAUGAGUUUGGAGUUGAGGUCCAAAUGAAGAGCAUAACCCAAGUAUACACCAGCGCACUCCAGUAUCUUUUCUCCAUUGACCUUUCAAACAACAUAUUAAAUGGAGAUAUUCCGGCUGAGUUGACACGGCUCUGCAACCUUGAAAAUCUGAACCUGUCACAGAAUGAUCUCUGGGGAAGAAUCCCUCCAGAGAUUGCUGAUCUGAAGAAGUUGGAGUCCCUUGAUUUGUCCAUCAACCAACUCUCAGGCCCCAUACCACGGAGCUUAUCUGAAUUAAACUUCCUGAGUUACUUGAACCUUUCGUUUAAUCAAUUGUCUGGUCCCAUUCCCUCUAGUGCCCAGCUAAGUACAUUUACAAAUGAAUCAUAUCUCGGUAAUGAUGCACUCUGCGGACCUCCACUUUCAAAGAAUUGCUCGGGAGAUCAUGGCCAAUCUAACGAUAUUCACAAACAGCAUGGUGAUGUUUCGGAAGGUAAAGACGAGUCCUAUGCCCUUUGGUUAUAUGCAGGCAUCGCAUCGGGCUUUGCCACGGGAUUCUUGGGAUUUUGUUGCUCAUUAUACUUCAAGCAUUCUUGGAGGCGAUCCUUCUUUCUUUGGUCGGACAAAAUUAUCACCCAAUUGCUGGUGAUGGUAGAGAUUAAGCUGCAAAACAUUAUCCGAAAAAUGCAAAAUGAAUCCAAUCUGGUAAUGACCUUUUCCAUAGGUAUCAUAGUUUCUUUGUUCGAAAAUAUAACGGUAACUGCUGCGUAUAAGCUUCCAAUUUCCUGGCCAAAUCUGUAUUAUGAAAAAGGAAAAUAUACGUAUGGCAGUGAAGAUGAUCACACAGCAAACGCAGAUAAUUUUCUCCUGGAUCUUCAACAUUAA